CUUAUGUGCCUAAGAUGCCACCUUUUGAUGACCAGAGAGAUAACAUCGAUGCUUAUUUACAAAGGUUUGAGCGUGUAGCCAAGUCACAGGCAUGGCCAGAGGUUCGGUGGGCAACCUUUCUCAGCACCUUAUUGAAGGGUAAGGCACUUGACGUUUACUCUCGAUUAGACCCCGACAAGGUGGAGGUCUACAAGGAGGUAAAGCAAGCAUUGCUGAAGCGGUAUGAGAUGACUGAGGAAGGGUUCCGACAGAAGUUCAGGACAGUUCGGAUAGAGAUGGGUGAGACUUUUACUCAGUUCUUAGUUAGAGUUGGGAAUUAUUUUGAUAGGUGGGUAGAUCUUAGUGGCAGUGCUAGGACUUGGGAGGGAAUUAGAGAUUUGUUGUUGAGGGAGCAGCUUUUGCAUGGUGUUAGUACAGGCCUUUGUAUUUUCUUGAAGGAGAGGAAGCCAGAGUCUGUUGGGGAAAUGGCUAGGUUAGCAGAACAUUUUGUGGAGGCUAGGGAAGGUGUUACGGGUAGAUCUGUUCAUCCAGUUAGUCAGGGUGGUGAUAGGUUCAAGAAGGGCUCAGAUAGUCAGGUGAAGAAGUCAGUACAGAGUGAGAAGAGGGAUUCCAGAACGUUUGUGCCGAUGCAUGAGCGGAAAUGUUAUGGCUGUGGUGAUUUGGGACAUAUGGCAUCUUCUUGUUCUAAGUGGAAGUCCAAACUUAAGGGCAAUACAGGUGCUGGUAGUGUUGUCAUUGAGAGUGUCAGUGAUGUGUCCGGUGAGCCAGUUGUAGAAGUAGGAGAGAAGAGUGAGAUAGAUUCUCAAGGUGUGGAAGGAAGUGAUACUAGUGUUACAGAUCAUUCAGGUGAGGAUGACGCUCUAGUGACGUCAGGUACAACGUCAGGUACGAUGUGUGGUAUGUGUGGGACUAUGCCAGUGCGUGUUGGUAAAUUGUGUGGCCAUUCAGUGAAUGUCUUGCGUGAUUCUGGCUGUAAUGGAGUUGUUGUCAAGAGAUCUCUUGUGGAUGAGGAUUGCUUUGUGGAAGGUGAGCUUCAUAACUGUACCAUGGGUGAUGGUAGGGUUUGUACUGUACCAGUAGCAUGGGUUCCUAUAGAUUCACCAUUUUACAAGGGCACAGUUAAGGCAGCAUGUUUGGAGACUCCUUUGUUUGAUGUUAUGUUAGGGAAUAUUCCAGGUGCAAGGGCUCCUGAGGAUCCAUUACCUGAAGAGGAAGUAGUAGAGGUUGUUGAAGCUGUUGGUGCUGUAGAGACUAGGCGUCAGAGGAAGGUUAGGGAGCAAGGUAUGAAACCAAUGAAAACAUUUCAGUCUGUUGGCAUUUCCUUGAGUAGGCUAGAGUUUAUUCAGAAACAGAAGGAGGAUUCUGGGUUAGACAAAGUCCGGAAGUUGGUGCAAGAUGGUAGACAGAAGAUGACGGAGAAGGGUGUGUCACGAUAUUUCAGUGAGAAUGAGAUGUUGUAUCGUGAGUAUGUGAGUCAUGAUGGUUUGGCUGUUGUUCAGGCUGUUGUUCCUACAGAGUUGAGGUCAGAGGUUAUGAAAGUGUGUCAUGAAUCUUUGAUGGGUGGUCACAUGGGUGUGAAGAAAACGCUGGACAGGGUUAUUUCACAAUUUUAUUGGCCAGGUGUGCAAGGUGAUGUUAGGAGGCACUGUUUGUCUUGUGAUGUUUGUCAGCGUACGAUUCCAAAGGGGAAGGUUGGCAAGGUUCCUUUAGGUCAGAUGCCAUUAAUUUCUACACCUUUCGAAAGGAUAGCCGUAGACUUGAUUGGUCCUUUAUAUCCAGUAACUGAUAGAGGCAAUCGGUACAUCCUAACAGUUGUUGACUAUGCGACUAGGUAUCCUGAAGCUGUAGCUCUUCCGAGGAUAGAAACUGAGUAUGUUGCAGAGGCUCUUUUGGAGAUAUUUAGUCGGGUAGGUGUCCCCAAGGAGAUGUUGUCUGAUAUGGGUGCUCAAUUUACGUCAUCAGUCAUGAAGGAGGUUAGUAGAUUGUUGUCCCUCAAGCAGUUGACCACCACUCCAUACCAUCCUAUGUGUAAUGGGUUAGUUGAGAGGUUUAAUGGCACUCUGAAGUUGAUGUUAAAGCGGCUAAGUGCUGAGAAACCAACUGAUUGGGAUCGUUAUUUAUCAGCUUUGCUUUUUGCUUACAGGGAAGUACCUCAGGAAAGUCUAGGAUUUUCUCCAUUCGAGUUGUUGUAUGGCAGGAAAGUGAGAGGGCCUGUUCAGGUGUUGAGGGAAUUGUGGACAAAAGAUAUUCCAGAUCCAGAGACUAGGACAACCUAUGAGUAUGUGUUGGACUUACAGAAUAGGUUAGAGGAGACAAUUGAGGUAGCUCAUCAAUCUUUGGUUAAGGCAUCAGGCAGGUACAGGAAGCAUUUCAAUCAUAAGGUGAAGGUACGCCAGAUGAAAGCGGGUGAUAAGGUGUUAAUUCUGUUACCUACCAAUCACAACAAGUUAUUGUUACAAUGGAAAGGUCCUUUUGUGAUAGAGGAGAGUUUUGGUUCUGACAAUUAUCGCGUUAGAGUUGGGGAUAAGUUGAAGACUUAUCAUGCUAACUUACUCAAGAAGUAUAUUGACAGGGAAUCUAGUAGCUGUAGUACAGUGGUCAGUGAUGUGAGUGUGAGUUUACCACAGUAUGUUUGUACAGGCAUUGUUGAUGUGGGAGAUGACAAUGUGGAGUCAGAUGUAGAAGGGGAUUUGCCUGAGAUUGUUUCUCCACCUUUGAAGGCUAAGGAAACUUAUCUUGAUGUGAACAUUUCUCAAGAUUUGUCGGAUGUGCAGAAGACAGACGUUAGGGAGUUGUUGGCAGAAUUUUCAGAUGUUUUGACAGAUUUGCCGGGGAGGACCAACUGUAUGGAAUAUAAGGUCAGGUUGACUUCUUCAGAUCCAGUUAGGUCACGUCCUUAUCCAAUACCUCAUCAUAUGAGAGACCGUUGCAGUAGAGAUACAGACUAUGUUGGACUUAGGUGUUAUUGA